AUGAUCAGCAUGGUGGGCCUUGCAGCUCUCUGCCUGCUGUUAGUGUUUCCACUGAGCAGCUCCCAGAGCACCCUGCAGUCUGAGCGGGUCAUCAACAGACCUCAGGCCCCGGCAGCUCCUCCUGUACCUCCUCCACCACAAAUACGGGACCUGCUGAGAAAAGAGGAAACCCCUCAUUUGAACACAAAGCGGACAUGUGAGUCGUGAUCUAAGAAAUGCUGCAUUUUAAUGUCAAAUAUUCCUUCUCAUCCUGAUUGUAACCCUCUCAUGUAUGGAUUUUGUGUGUCUGCGUUGUGUGUGCCACCACAGACGCUCAUGUAGACAAAGAUAAUGCCAAAGUGGGUCUGUUCAUCGCUGCAGCCAUGGGCACCUUCAUUUUGAUGGCUGCAGUAUACUGUAUCUACAACAAGUUCUACACCAAACAGCAGUACCUGCACACCCAGCUCAACGAUGACUCAGGUAGAUCCACUGACUUUAAUUACAUGAAAUUGAGCCCCUAGGAUUGAAUUUGAGUUUACACCUCAGGGAAAUGCAGCUUUCCAGAAGGACAUAUGAUGUUAAACUGCACCAGAAACCAACAUGGGCUUUCCUAUUUUUGACUAUUUAUGCAUUUUAUCUAAUGCACAAAACUACAAAGUGGAACCAGAACAGAGAAAAGUGUCACUUUAAAGCUUUGAAAGUCCAACAGACAGAGUGGGUCUUUGGACAAAAAUAGAAACCCACAUCAGCAGGCCCGAAAUAGAUUUUUAUCCACAGGGAAACACUACUGCUGAUUUCAUUUUGGUAUCAUUUGUUCAAGAGCGUUACAUGCCGGCUUGUUUGUUUAACAUGAGUAUGCUAUGUUGAGUUUUGUGUCCUUGCACUUCCUGCUCUUAGCCCUUUAGAGGCAAUAAUACGUAGAUGAUGUUGCAUGGUGCUGCUUAAAUAUUAAAGAUUAAUCAGCGAGAGCUUUAUAUAAAAUCAAGACACAGAAAUGAUAUUUAUUGUCAUAAUAUUUUAACUUGCAUACAGGUAAUUCUUAAACUUUAUUCCUAAAAUGCUCCUAUCUCUACAUGCAGAUUUGACUACAGACUCCAUGGAUCCUCCGUCUGUACUUUUCCACGCCUCUGCUGCCUCCAGUGCAGCAGAUGUGCGGCGAGCUGGUUACGGCUCUCUCUCUGACACUCCCUCUGUCAUCUCUGUGCCACCCAGCCUCUCUCCUCCUCCUGCAGCCAUGCCCUUCCCUCCCCUCUUCCUCUCCUCUCAGUCUCUGAGAACAAUAUCAGCGAAGGAUCUGGAGAGGAGCUGCAUCUGA